AUGGAGAAGUUUCUUGUGAAAUUUAACCAUUCUCAAGCAAGUUCUAGUACGAAUGUCAAUCCUUCUAGUCUUAUAGAUGACCUUAAUUUAGAUUCACUUGAAGCCGAUCCAGGAAAAAGAGUACCAAUUGCUCACUAUAACCCUCAAAUAAAGGAUGAAGUGAGGAAACAUUAUAUUCAAAAAGGGCCUUGUCAACCAAAAAUGGAUUCAUAUCCUCCAACUGAAAUUGGAAAAAGAAUGCGUCAAUUUUGUAAAAUUUGGUUUGAAGGUCCAUAUUCUAAAUGGUUGGAGUAUAGCGUGGAGAAAGAUUCUGUCUAUUGUCUAUGUUGUUAUUUAUUCAAAGAUGAUUUUUUCCAUGGAAGUACAAGUGAGUUUUACACAAAAACGGGUUUUAGGAGUUGGAAUAGGGCACUUGAAAGAUUCCGUAAACAUGUUGGUGAUGUUAAUAGUAUUCAUGACAAAUGUUUCAACAAGAUGCUAGAUUUGUCAAAUCAUCAUCAAUCAAUUCAAGUUGUUAUUGAUAAGCAUUCUCAAAAGUUAAAAAAUGAGUAUCGAAUGCGUUUGGAAGCCUCAAUUGAUGUGUCAAGACUUCUUUUGCAAUAUGGAUUACCUUUUCGAGGUCACGAUGAAAGUGAAUCUUCAAUUAAUCAAGGCUUCUUUCUAGGAUUUUUGCGAUGGCACGGGGACAAACAUCCGAAUGUUGGAAAAGUGAUAUUGGAAAAUGCCCCACAAAAUGAUACGUUGACUUGUCCUAUGAUUCAAAAAGAUAUUGCCAAUGCUUGUGCAAAAGAAACAUUGAAAGCAAUAAUUGGGGACUUGAAUGGAGAUUACUUUGGUAUAUUAGUUGAUGAGUCAAAAGACAUCUCUCACAAAGAACAAAUGGCUCUUGUUUUGCGUUUUGUUAAUAAGAAUGGUGAAGUAGUUGAACGAUUUAUCGGUCUUGUCCAUGUUAGUGAUACAUCGGCAUGUUCAUUGAAGAAAGCGAUUUAUUCUUUGCUUUCCGUUCACUCACUAAGUCCAACCAAAAUACGUGGACAAGGUUUUGAUGGGGCUAGUAAUAUGAAAGGAGAGAUAAAUGGGCUCAAAACUUUGAUUAUGAAAGAUAGUCCAUCGGCAUAUUACAUUCAUUGUUUUGCUCAUCAAUUGCAACUAACACUAGUGGCUAUUGCUAAAAAACAUUUGGAUGUUGAAGACUUUUUUGAUCAUGUUAGUAAUGUGUUGAAUGUUGUUGGAGGAUCUUUCAAGCGUAGAGACUUACUUCGUGAUCACCAAGCCAAAAAUGGUAAUCCCAAGUUCUCCAACUUGCAAGGAAUUCAUGAUUUGGCGAAGGCAUUGGUUGAAGCAAAUCUCGCGGAGACUUAUUCACUUGUUUAUUUACUUGUAAAGUUGACUUUGAUUUUACCUGUUGCUACGGCAACUGUGGAGAGAGCAUUUUCGUCAAUGAAGCACAUAAAAAAUGAAGUGCGGAAUAGUAUUGGUAAUCAAUAUUUAAAUGAUUGUCUAGUGUGUUACAUAGAGCGUGAUGUAUUUAUAAAUGUUAGUAAUGAUGUCAUUAUCGAUCGUUUUCAGAAUAUGAAAACUCGUCGAGGACAAUUGUAA